AUGGACUUGCUGAUAGCCGCUCUUCGCACAAACGAUCAGAAGACUCGAGAGUUGCUGUGGCAAGAGCAAGCUUUGAAACCCUUCCAGCACAUUAGAGCCGAGCUGACGGUGACUGAGAGGAAUAUCGUUUUGAGAGGGACAAGGCUGGUGAUUCCGGAGAAAGCACGGUUGAAAAUCGUUCAGUUGGCACACCGAGGUCACCAGGGCGUCGUAAAAACCAAACAACUGAUCCGAGAAAAAGUUUGGUUCCCUGGGGUCGAUAGGAUGGUCGAGACUGCCGUCAAGAACUGUGAGGCAUGUCAGAGAACGGUAGACGGGGGAAGAAUUUCACCGUUAAAGAUGACACCGCUGCCGGACGGCCCGUGGCAGUCCCUGGCGGCGGACUUCGCUGGUCCUUUGCCUGGCAACAAAUACUUACUGGUAGUAGUAGACGAAUACUCACGGUUCCCCGUGGUCGCAACGUUGUCGUCGCUGACUGCCAAGUCUGUCACAGGAAAGCUUAACGACAUCUUCACAGUGCAUGGGCUGCCUUACGUUCUCAGGACGAACAACGGCCCUCCCUUCUUUAGCAAUGAGUUCGCAGAAUUCUUGGACAACAACGGAAUUCGCCACCAAAAGACUACGCCACUGUGGCCGCAGGGCAACGGCGAAGUGGAGAGAUUUAUUAAGAACGUCAAGAAGACGGUGAAGGCCGCCGGGGUUCAGGGACAGCUAUGGAAGGAGGCGCUCAGCGAAUAUCUUUUGAAUUAUCGGGCCACGCCACAUUCAACUACCGCCGUAACUCCAGCGGAGCUCUUGUUUGGGAGGAAGAUUCGGACAAAGUCACCCCAACUGCAAGAGGCGCAACGCCAAGAAAAGCUACGGCAAAGAGACCGACUAAAGAAAGCAAAGAUGAAGGCCUACGCCGACGAGAAGCGUCACGCCGAACCUCAUGAUUUUCAAGAGGGAGAGAGUGUCCUACUGAAACGGUCUUCCCCGUUGUCUCAUGAGUCGCAGUACGAGCAUCGUCCGUUUACGGUAACACGAGUUCAAGGUUCAGCGAUCACUGCCGAGUGUGGGAACAAGCGGAUUGUUCGAAAUGCCAGUUACUUCAAGCGCAUUCCCCGUCGACGUGCAAAUGGGCCGGACGAGUGGGACGUAACUGACGAUUUGACACGGACGUGGAAAGAACAAAGUGGACACGUGGAAACACCAACGGUGGAACAAGAAGCCCAGGAUGCUUCAAACGAGCCACAUCUGGAUUCCGCCUCCAAUUUGGCCGAGGAGACGCCGCAACUUGAAGGCAGGCGGUAUCCACUUCGGGGGACUCGUUCAAACCCGCCAAAGCGAUAUCAAGACUUUGUGAUGAAGUGA